GCCGAAACAGGCAGGCGCGGGGAGGAGGGGAAGGCGAAAUGGCGGCCAAUGCGCUGUCUAUGGCGUCUGGGUCGCUGCGGCGAGCAGCACAGUCGCGGAACUCGUCGCGGAGCUCGUCACGGUCGCCAUCGCCGACGGCGGAGCGGCAGGGCGAUGGCGAUGAUGACGACGGCUGGCAGGUGCAUGGCCUGGCAGAGGGCGCAGUGCUGUCUGUGACAGAAAAAGAGGUUUUGGCAGAGCUAAUGGCCGGCGGCGAGGCGCGGGUUGGGUCGUCGUCGGUCAUGGCGUUCCCGGCGAGUGUGCCGAUGCUGCCCAAGAUCUACGGCGAGGUGGCGCGGCUGGGAGCGAGCGCGGCGGCGCGGUUGGACACGCUGGCGCUGCACGCGCCAGUUGGGCGCGGAUCGGCGGCGGCGGCGGCGCUGGAGCGGCUUGGCGCGCUUGUCCGCGAGUGGGGCGGGUGGAUGCACAAGCACGGAGUGUCGGGCACGCCGCUGCCGCGGUCGGGCAAGGGCGUGCCGUCGCCAGAGUAUGCGUCGAUGUCUGCCGAUGUGCUGGUGGCGAUGGACACGGUGUUCUGGGCUAGCUCGGCCACGCUGUGGCUGGUGCUAGAGGAGGCGUCGGCGCGGGCGUGCGCGACGACGUGGCUCGCGUCGUCGUGCUCGGGCGUGCUGUCGUCGCGCGACGGCGCCGGCGGCUCGCACGCCCUUGUCGAUGCACCGGACGAGCUGCGCGUUGUCCUCGAGGCGGUGUACUCGGCACUCAAGUUUAUGUUGCGGAAAGAGGCGCGGCUGGCGGCGCCGUGUGUCGCAGCCUUUCGCGCUGACCACUAUCCAGCCAUCGAGAUUGAGAUGGCGCGGGCGGUCGAUGAGGUCACGCUCUACAACCUGGCGCUCGGGCUCGAGACGCGGCGGCGGGGGCGCAGCUGACGGCGAGACGCUGGUUGGUGGUGUGCGGCAAGAGAUUUUAGCUCGCGGGGCUAGCAGGCACGGCGGGGAGGGCGCGGUCAGUUGAGCCUGCCGACGCCGUAGAUGGCGGUCUCGAUGCCAGAGAGCCACAGCUCGGCUUCGUCCGAGUUUGCGGUUCGGAGGUAGAGCUUGGUCGCGCCGCGGGUGGUGAUCUCUAGAACAGGCGGAGCGGUAGUGUCUUGCUUGUGGUGGAGGAGGCGGACCGCAGAGCCGACGCCAAACUCGACCACAGUAGCACGCUUCUUGAGCGAGCUCGGGUUGCGGCAAGCCGUGAGCUUGUUGCCCUCGACCACGUACCACUUGCGCUUCCACUUUCCCGGCGAGGCCUCGAUGUCGAGCCAGCCCGACAUGGUAAACCGUGAGCUGCUGCUUCCCGA